AUGCAAACCAAAAGCAAGUAUAAAUCUGAUUACAAGAAGAAGUACAAAGGAGUGGCAGAGUCAGUGGAAGAGGAGUACACUGAAUUUGAGAAAGUGGAUGCCGCUGUAAGACCUGUUGUAUCGAAGCCGUCAUCUCGAGAUCGAAGUGUUGAGUGCAGUGUUGAUGAAGGGACUAAAGAAGAAAAUUCUCCACCAGAUACACCCAAGAAACCGCCUUCAUUGUCUAAGCGACUAUCACGUGAGACAGCCCCACAAGACAAAGCAUCAAAAGAAAUAUUACCAUCUAAAGAAAAGUUACAAGAUGGACCAUCCAAAGAAAUGUUGCAAGAGAAAACAUCCAAAGAAAUAAUACAAGAUAAAACAUCCAAAGAAAAAUUACAGGAAAAAGGAUCACAGGAAAGAGAGGAAGGCCAAACCUAUAUUUGCGGUGAAGCUGUGACUCAAACCGAGGACGACAAGUCCAACGUGGAUGUCCUUGCAAAAGAAGGCUGUAUACUCUCGAAAAAUUCAGUGUCACAUUCAAAUGAACAUGAACAAACUCAGGCGCGGAAACCAGGUGAAGAGAAGCCGAAAAAUAUGAUUUCUGUACAAUGA